AUGAACGGUAGGCUGGACUCGCCGUGUGAAAUCUUAGACUGUACUAACAACGGUGUGUGUAUGGAAGUAAUGUCGACAAACGGAAGUGAUUACCACGCGUCCUGUAAGUGUAGUGAGCGAUACACCGGAAGUAGGUGUCAAUAUAAUGUUGUCUUGAAAUAUCAUUUAACGACAUCUAAUUCAGUCAAGCUAGAGAUAUUACGAGGACAAUCAAACGACAGUAAACACAAUUUCGUGGAGACGUCAGACAAUGGAUCAAGAUUCACUGUUCUCUAUUGGACUAACUUUUCCACGUUUGCUUGUACAAUGGCCUCAAAUGUAAAGUUCGGGCCAACGACAAUCGGAAAUUUGGAGCCAGACACGAGAUAUACGUUUUGUGCAGUUUCCGGUAUUACCGAGUUCUGUCAUCACUACAACAUGGAUGACGGUAUACCUGUCAAUUGUGUGUUUAUUACAACAUCCGGUCCUUCACACGAUAACGGUAGUCCUGUUUAUAUAGCACCGCUGGUGUUGUGUUUACUCUUUGUUAUAGGGUUGUGCAUAUUUUUGGCAGUGGUUAUCAAAAGGAAGUAUAUACAGUGUUUAUACAAAUAUCACCCUUGUUUGUCGUCAAAGGCAAAAAGUGAUACGACCGUCCUGUAUAUGGGAGUAGGGAACAGACGGAAGGGAAAUUACUCUAAUAAACACUUGAUGCCUCUACCUGAACGCCCCCCACCUGACAUUGUGUUACAUCCGCCGUCCAGUCCGGGUCGGCCGCAACAUAAACUCGCACAAUCCACGCGCGGCUACACGUCCACGUUUUCAGCCAAGAACGAAUCGGCCAUCCCACUGACCACGGUCAUUGAGUAUGGGCCUACCGGCGACGCGACCACUGCCUCUGAGAGCCGCUUCAGUGGAAAUAAUUUAUGUUCUGCAGAAACUAGUCUUAUCAUCCACUCUGUUGACACCGAGAGCUAA